GCGCCAUACGGAACGGACGUACUUUGAGCGAUAUUUAUUUACACAUUCAAACUAAAUAUCAGUCUAUUAAAUCGUUGAAGUUUUAGUGUGGGAAUACCGUACCGAAGCUAAACUGAAAAUUGUUUUGUGUUAAUUCUUAACCUUGUUUACUAGUCACAAAAUGUCCAUCCAUAUCAAAGACUCCGACGAUCUGAAGACCAGGCUUGCAGAAGCCGGCGAGAAGUUGGUGGUGAUCGACUUCAUGGCGACCUGGUGUGGACCCUGCAAGAUGAUCGGGCCCAAACUAGACGAGUUGGCCACUGAGCUGGCAGAGUCCGUCGUUGUACUUAAGGUGGACGUAGACGAGUGCGAAGAUAUAGCCACAGAGUACAACAUUAACGCGAUGCCGACCUUCGUGUUCGUCAAGUCCUCCAAGAAGAUCGAGGAGUUCUCCGGCGCGAACGUUGACAAACUGAAGAACACUAUCCUGAAGCUCAAGUAAAACGUAAAAAAAAAA